AUGGCAGUGAAUACACACAGCAUCAGCCGCCAUGCCCUUGGCCUUAGUCCCAUGAUCAGUGAAUAUCCCUACCAGUGCAUUCGACACUUCUGGGGCAUUAUCUAUAGAGAAGCAGCGGAAUCCAAACACAAGUAUGUGAUCUUCUCUUGUAUUGAUGAGCAGACCUUCAUACAAGACUUUGACGAGCCACACAGCCAUUUACACACCGAUUUUUCCCCACAAUUCCAAGUACUACUCGCCAAGGUGCCCUGGCGUGCCCAUGAACAAGCAUAUCAUGGGAUGAAUAAGAUACUCAUCGACAAACUGAAGGCCAUGAACGUUGGCAAUGAUCUCCAACUGCUAGGCACAGCUGACGUCAAAUCUCCUGAGCGCACCAAACGGCCAGACCUAUCCUACUUGCCGGAGCAGCUCCCGGCCGGCCGGCCGGAUCACUGGCCAUCAGUAGUGGGGGAGUGCGCCUACUCCGAGAACCAGAGCAAGCUGGCCUGCGAUGCCCACUGGUGA